AAAAGAGAGAGAGAGAGAGAGUGAAGUAAAGAAAGAAAACCAAAUUUGGUUUGGUCCCCACAAAAUGUGGCAAUCACAUGUUUUGUUAGUUAAACAGUUACCAGCUACUCCCUUCACUACUCUCACCCACUUUUUCCCCCUUUUUCUUUUAGUUCCUUUCCUCAUAUUAACCGAUUUAAAUCACUCACUAAUCCUUAACUAAAUCACUCACCUAAUCCUUACUCUCCCCUUUAUUACUCUCUCUUUACUGUUCCUCAAAAAAUUGGGCCAAAAAAAGAAUUGAAAAUGUCUCUUCCUCUCAAAUUCCGAUCACUCACCGACGUUAAGGCUACGGCAGCGCCGUCCCCUUCUUCCUCCUCCUCUUCUGCUGCUUCCCUUUCCUCCACCAACGCCGCCGAGGCCAGUCUCCGCCACGUCGAUUCCGACUUCGUUGUCAUACUCGCAGCCCUGCUCUGCGCCCUAAUUUGCAUCCUUGGCCUAGUCGCCGUCGCCCGGUGCGCCUGGAUCCGUCGAUUAGCUUACAUCUCAGCUCUUCCGACGACCCGGCCGCCUCCUUCGGGUUCAGUCAACAAAGGAUUGAAGAAAAAGGCGCUCAAUUCACUCCCCAAGCUCACUUACUCGCCGCCUUCCCACGCCGAAGGGAAUGGCUCCGGCUGCGGGAAAUUCUCCGUCGACUGCGCCAUUUGCUUGGCGGAGUUCGUCUCCGGGGACGAAAUCCGCCUCCUGCCGCCGUGUGGACACGUGUUCCAUGUCGUUUGCGUUGACACUUGGUUGAAGUCUCACUCUUCCUGUCCCUCUUGCCGGGUACAGAUUCUAGUCGCGGGUAAUAGUACUACUAAGUCAACGGAGUGCCAGAGGUGCGGAGACGGAGAAUUGUCCCCGCCGGCGAGCUCCUCCGUCGCCGUCGACAUUCCGGUUGCUGCUCCCGAAGGGGGAAAUGGAAUCCCAGCUACAGCAACGGCAACGACGCCUGCGAACUCGAGGCAGGAAGAAAUCAACAUAUUUUUGCCUUGACGAAGGAAUUGUAAUAAUUGUAAUUGAUUUCAGUUAUUAGUUGAUGAAAUCGAAAAACAAAAAAAAACAAAAAAGAAAAAGGGGGGGACAAAAAAGAAAGAACAAAUUAAAAAGAAAUGAAGCAAAUCUAAACAGGGUUGUAUAGGUUAAUUAUGAAUGUUAAUUUUAGCUUCCAGUUUGUUGUUUUCAUUUCGUUUAGUGUGUAAAUCUUCUAAUUUAGUUUUGGUAAAGUGUAUAUAUUUAUUCUUCCAUUGUAUUAAGAAGGAACUCUGAAAUUUUUCCCUUGUUAUUUUAUUGUGCUUUUCUCUUGAGACACAAGGCAAAGAAAUGCAGAAUUGGAGGGAAAUUUGUGUGAAGGAUAAAAUAUUUAUAGGGAAAAUAAUUUUAAAAGAGUUAUGAGAUGUGGAAACUGUAAACUUUAUUUUUAAAAAAAAAAAAAAAUCCUCUUAGGUAAACACAUUGGUGAAUUUUCCUUACAAAAAAAUUUCAAAGUUAUUUUUACUUGAAAGAUAGUCUCCCCUGG